UACACGUUUCUCCUUCAGCCGCCCCCCCUAGUUCCCAUUUCCCUAACCCUUUUCAUUUUCUCUCUCUCUCUGCAAUUCGUUUCCGUCAAAUAUUCGCCACUCUAUCAUCAUCAUCGUCUCGUCGAGAUUCUCGUGAUUUUAUCGAUCUUCAUCGCAACACCGCCAUGAAUCCCGAAUAAUCUGUGAUGGUUCUUUGUUCAAUAUCUUGAAAUUUUAGCGAAUUGAGCUGAUUGGUUUAGCUUAAAAUUCGAAAGCUGAAUUUGAAUUUUCUGAGAUCGGUAAGCCUCAUAUGGUGCCCUGUAAGGUCACCGGAAAGUGUGGUUCCGUUACUGUUCGUAUGGUUCCUGCUCCUCGUGGUGCCGGAAUUGUGGCCGCUAGGGUUCCAAAGAAGCUAGUUACCAGAGUUUACAAUGAUGAACUAGCCCUAGAUACCUACAUACGCUCAGAUCUCUAUGGUACCUGCAAUCAAGUCAAGAAUUGUUCAAAUCCAAAAAUCAAAGGUGCAGUCGUGUUUCAUGAGCAAGGCCCUCUGCUAUUUGAUUACAGUAUAUGCUGCCUCAACCACACAUGGGCUUUCUCAGGAUUUCCUGAUGUGAAAUCCAUCAUGGAUGUAAUCGGUCCUUAUCUCAAUGACUUGGAACUGGGCGUUAAUAUUGUACCAACAAUGCAGUACAGCUUCAGUGGAUUUUUGACUGUAUGAUUGCUCCUUUACCUUUUUACUACUUUCAAAGUACACUUUUAUUCUUUAUAGUAGUUCAGUUGUUAAAGGAAUUUUCUAGUUUAGUGUAACCUGAUAGUGGUUUAUGGUCCUGUUCCUAGACUGUAAUGAUUUUAAAUCAUAUAGUUAACAGAUUUGGUUUAUAAAUAGUUUCUACAAUUUUCUUA